CGUCAAAUUUAGAUUGCAAUCCAAUUGGCUGAUCAUUACAAGUACCGCCUUCUUCGGUAGAGCAUUAAUAACACUGUGGCUGUCGCAGCUCCUUAGGAUCUGAAAGACAACGGAGGUUAAAAUGAUCAACUGGAAGGCUUUGGACAAUGUCCCCGUGCUCUUGUAUAUCUUGGCACUGAAGACGCUCCUGCUGUGUUUGGCCUUUGCUGGGGUGAAGAUCUACCAGAGUAAGAAAGCGGAGGAGGCCCUGAAAAAGCAGCAGGCUGAGAAGAGGAGGUUGGCCCAGCAGACUCAAGAGCUCAUUGACAACAAGAAGGAAGACUGAGAAGAGGCUGAUGUACACGGGGAAAUAUAUUACCCAGCCUUCUCCGAAUAUGAGCCAGACGUCAUGUGACCGUCAGCAGAACGAGGACCUUCCUGUACCGGAACCAUUCACCGUUGCCGCUUUUUUAUAUUCAGCUUUUGUUGUGUAACUGUUGAAAUUCCAUGUGGACUCGUGAGAUGUGAGGCUGUUUCGACCUCAGUGGCAGCAUGAAAACAGGUUCGGCAUCUUAAACGCCCAGUCAUUUCUAGGCUUCUUGGCUUCCCGCAACAUCUUUUUGCCUUUUUUUUAUAUGCUCAUGCGUGCAGUUCAGCACUUCAUCUUAAUCAACUGAGUGCAGUACUUGAGCUUCUCUUUUGUACAUGUGAACAGACAGAUACAGACUUGACUUAUAUAUUAAAUAUACCCUGAUAUUAAUUUUGUAAUAUUCUUUUGUCGGCAACCAGUCCGAGGUACCGCCCCUCCCCACUGGAUUUCUGAGUAAUAUUUCUAUGUUUACUAAAUUUUAUCCCUUAAUUUUUCACCACACCACUACAUAAGGGAAACACAAACAUUGUUUUCACUUCUCAGUCCCAAUACACAGCUGUCCGUGGCAAUCUGUUUAUAUCCAAACUCAAGUUUUAUAUAUUUAUUUGUUUAUUGAUGAAUAAAAGUAUUUUUAUUCAGUC